AUGAUUGGAAUCAAGCCGGUUGUAGUGGCUGCCGCCCUCGCGCUUGGAGCCGUGGGCGGCUCUGCUGCCCCAUCGAACUUGGACUACACUCGCGAUGUGUUUGCGCGCGACAACGGCGCGCACUCGUACACUGGGCCGUACGCCGACGGUGGCGUGUGGUCCAACGGAUUCGCCAAGGCCAAGUCGCUGCUCGACCAGAUGACCGUCGAGGAGAAGGUCAACAUCACCACCGGCUACACGGGCAAGUGCGUCGGCUUCACUGGUACCGCUCCGCGUGUCGGACUCGAGGCUCUCUGUCUGCAGGACGGUCCCGCCGGUGUGCGUCCUGCGCGUCGUGUCUCGCAGUUCCCCGCUGGCGUCACCACCGCUGCGACAUGGGACCGAGAUCUGAUGGCACAGCGUGCCGAGGCGCUUGCUGAAGAGUUCCGCGACAAGGGCGUCAACAUCUGGCUCGGACCCGUGACUGGCGGUCCGCUGGGACGUGCUCCGCGCGGCGGAAGGAACUGGGAAGGAUGGAGCCCAGACGAGUACCUCUCGGGCGUCGCCUCGUACCUCACGGUCAAGCACGCACAGUCGAAAGGUGUGGUAACUUGCGCAAAGCACUACAUCGCCUACGAGCAGGAGACCUACCGCAACCCUUACAACCUCUCCGAGCCGUACGAGAUCUUCCCUGUCCUCGAACAAGACCCCAUCGACAGCAUUCUCGACGACCGUACCACGCACGAACUUUACCUAUGGUCCUUCGCCGAGGCGGUUCGUGCCGGCACAGGCUCGGUUAUGUGCUCGUACAAUGAGGUUAAUAGUACUCACGCAUGUUCCGAUAGCUACAGCUUGAACACGCUGCUCAAGGAGGAACUCAACUUCCAGGGAGCCGUGAUCAGCGAUUGGGGAGGAACUUGGUCCAACCAGGAUUCGGCGCUUGGCGGUCUCGAUGUCUCCAUGCCCGGUACGGCGUACAACGGCAAGUUUGGCAACUUCUUCGGCCAAAGCCUCGUCGAGCUCGUGCAGAAUGGCUCGGUGCCCGAGGCUCGUCUGGACGACAUGGUGCUGCGUAUCCUUGCACCUGCGAUGGAGAUGCAGGACUCAAGCUACCCGCAGCCUUCGUUCGAUGUGCGCGAUCUAACACGUCCGACGAACAACGUGCGCCGAGACCAUCACAAGAUCAUUCACCAGAUCGGUGUCGACUCGGUGACGCUCGUCAAGAACAACAACUCGGACGGCCGCGGUUUGCCGCUCAAGAGCCUCGACGAGCUGCAGACGGUGGCGGUGAUCGGUCAGGAUGCGGGAGACAACAUGUACGGCGCCACGAGCUGCGGUGAGAACGGUCAGUGCAACAUCGACGCCUUUAACGGGACUGUGACCAUCGGCGGCGGAUCGGGUUGGGCGUUCCCUCCGUACGUCAUCUCUCCCGCUGCGGCGAUCCAGGAGUACGUGCGUGCUGUCGGUCCCGAUGUCAACCUGCACUUUGACAACUGGGAUCUGGAGGGUGCUACGGCUCGCGCCAACUCGAGCGACGUUGCGCUCGUCUUUGCCAACACGUACGCCACGGAGAACCAGGACCGCCAGAACCUCACGCUCUGGGCCAACGCCGAUGAGCUCAUCAAGACGGUGGCGAGCAACAACAACAAUACGGUCGUCGUCCUGCACACUCCCGGUCAGGUGGACGUCGAGGCAUGGAUCGACCAUCCGAACGUUACUGCUGUUCUUUUCGCCUACCUUCCCGGCCAGGAGGGUGGAAACUCGCUGCCCAAGGCUCUGUGGGGAGAGAAAAGCCCUAGCGGUAAGCUGCCCUUCACCGUCGCGAAGAACGAGAACGACUACCCGCCCAAUACCAUUGUCACCGACCGCGUGACCGAUCCAAAGGCGACGUUCGACGAGAAGCUGCUCAUCGACUACAAGUGGUUCGACUACCACAACAUCACCCCGCGCUUCGCUUUCGGUCACGGCCUUUCGUACGCCAAGUUCAACUACGCCAAUUCGCUGAGCGUUGCACAGACUGCCAAGGCGGACAGCACGUCGGUGCAGCAAACCAAGGAGAAGCUCAUCAACAGCAAUGCAGGUCUGUACGACAUUGCCGUCACGCUCGAGACCGAGGUGACCAACACUGGCAGCAUGGCCGCGUCCGAAGUCGUACAGCUGUACGUCUCGUUCCCCGCAUCGGCCGAUUCGAAGGACAACCCACAGCCCAUCAGGACGCUGCGUGGCUUUGAAAAGGUCAAGAACGUCCAGCCGGGCGAGACGCGGAAGGUGUCUUUCGAGCUGAGGAAUAAGGACAUUGCGGUUUGGUCGACGCUCAACCAGGGCUGGAAGAUCCCCGAGGACAGCCCGCUUACUUUCAGCGUCGGUUCCAGCAGCCGCAAGAUCCACUCCACCGCAGAGUGGACAUACUACCCCUAG